CUUACUCGGUCGACAGUUGAACUUCAUUCUCCACUACAUCCUUUGUCUGCAUCUAUCUAUAUCACCUUUCCUCUACGUUAGCUGCAGGUGCUCAAUAUUCGAGAUUCAUUUAAAAAUGACAAACCGCCGCCUUCUCAUUUUCCAAGAAACGCCCCUCCAAUCCCCCACCAACCCACUCACCCCAAGCCCAGCAGCCCACGGAAUCCAAUAUCAGCAAGGCCAUGCACAGUUCCAGUACAUCCCAGUCAACAAACUCGGCCUGCCCGUACACGGCCCGGGCUCAUUGCCCGAGGGUUUAGGGGUAGGGAGCCUACUGAACCUGCCUUUGCGGGUGAUCACAGCUUUUACGGAGAUUUUUAACGGCGUGAAGUAUAAGGGGUGGGCAAUUGUAGCGGCGGGGCCGUAUAACGACCCGACAUUGGGCGUGGGCUCACCCGGCGGCGUUGGCGGGACGGGCAAGUUCUAUGCCGUUGUGUUAGAACAGGUUUCGUCUCCAGAGGGUUCUGGCUCCGGAAAUAUCGGGGGCGCAUGAAUUUGAUUAAUUUUUGUAUCUGCUUCUCCUGGUUCUUCUUAUUCACCUCGUUGGAGAGGUCUCGGUUGGUUGCGUUUGGAUGGAGUAUAUAAUAACUACUCGUUACUUGUGACAACGACAUUGAUGACGCGUCAUGGCUUUCAGUGGCUAGAGAACUUGCAGUUGUCGUGCUUGGGUUUUGUAUAGAUUAUUUUCCGCUGGAUUGGGAUGGAUGUGUAAAUACUCUAAUUAAUAUGGAUACCCUGGUUUACUCUGUAUAUGAGUUAGAUGGUCUCAGUCGGCUGGCC